AUGGCUACCGAGCGGGCAGACCAGGAGGUGGAACGAAGUGCAGAUGGGCAGUCGCUGUUGACGCACAAGUGCGUGCAUGCAAGCCCCGCCACUGACGAGUGCCCGAUGGAGUGCGUCGCACGCGACCGACGCCACACUCUGGAGGAGGAGCAGUACGUGAAGCCCGGUAGUGCCCUAGACUACGCCCGGUACUGCUACCACAACUGUGUGCCUCAAGUGCUCAUCAAUGGUGGCCAGUGCGCCAACCUCAACAGUGCGAACAAGACCGGCGGAGGUUUCGACCUCCCGAAGGCUCCCAAGUGGUCGCCAGGUGACCUCAAGGAGCCAGCAAAGCAGACGGCCUCAGAGGCAAAGUCGGUGGAAGCUGCAGCCGAUGCUGUGGCCAAGGAGGAGCUCAAGAAGGUCAGCUGGGACCUGCGCGGCAUCGUUGUCGAGCGCACCCGCGCCGAAGCGGGCGCCGCGGCCGCUCGCAUGGCCUACGCUGCAGAACGUGCGAAGCUGCACAGCCAGGAGAUCAAGCGUUCUACGAAGAUGCUGGACAGGGUCAAGACAGCUGUUGUUGAGCAGUCCAAGACCUACGAGCCAGAUUUCCAGCUUUCAGAGGCAAAUGCCUCCGCUGCUGCAGAGGCAGUGGCCCAAAGCUACAACGCCCUGAAGAAGGCGAAGGCGAGCCUCCGCAAGGUGGGAGAACGAACCAGGGAACUCACCAAGACGAUGGUCCAGGAUGCAGCCGCCCAAAGUGCCCAGAUGGAGGCGGAGAGCUAUGUGCGGCGAAUGCAUCUGGACGAGACCACCGCUUACAGGAGACAGGUUGCAAAUACGGCAGCCUUCCCCUACGUUUCCGCCGUGGCGACAGGCGUGCAGCGGAUUGCCGAGUACGAGCAGGCCGCCGCGGCCGCAGAGCAGGUGGCGCGGGAGGCGAAGGUUAAGAUGGAUCGAGUGCAACAGGAGGCCGACAAGAUUGCCGAAGCUGGGGACAGGAUAGCCGCUGGCAUGAAAAGACGCGAAGCCACAACUUUGCGACACCAGGCGGAGGAUGCCGAAGCAGAGGCUGCCAAGUAUCGUGCUACGGCGGACCAAGCCCGGGAGUCUGCCCAACAGUGGCAAGAAGCUGCAGAGAAGGUGGCCGCACAGGUCGCCUUCCAGUACGAUCAGUCUGUGGCCACGACGCCGACUCCGCCGCCCAUCGUGGCGUUGCCGCAGCCUCCUCCAGACAUGAGAUGA